AGAGAGAGAGAGAGAAAGAGAGCGAGAGAGAGAGAGAGAGAGAGAGCAGGACAAAUGGGGGUGUUUCGUGUGGGCGGGUUUUAGGACCCUGCAGGUGCGCCGUGUUUUGUGUUCAGUAAUGUGCAGUGCGGAUUCUCAUCCUCGGAGCGCGCGACCCUCCGCCUGACUCCAGCCCUCGCGCUUUCUUCGCUGUUCUUCCUCAUCGGCGGCAGCGGCAUCAGCAUCAGCAGCAUCACCACCGCGGCGUCUUUCCACGAGCACGAGCACGAGCGCCACGACCGCGAGCCCCGGCAGCCGCCGCCCCCCCAACCGCUGCUGAUGGCCUCGUCCGCGAGCGGCACGGAGGAGUCGCGCGGUGCGGCGUCCUCGUCGGCGCCCACGCCCCUUAAACUGGUGGGCCUGGUGUGCGUGUUCCUGGCGCUGUGCCUGGACGUGGGCGCCGUGCUGAGCCCCGCGUGGGUCACCGCCGACCAGCAGUACUACCUGUCCCUGUGGGAGUCGUGCUGGAAGUCCGCCGGCGCGAGCGCGUGGCAGUGCACCGGCACGCUAAACACGGAUUGGCAGAUCGCUACGUUGGCACUUUUGCACGGAGGAGCCUUCCUCAUCCUCAUCUCUUUCAUGGUGGCCCUGGUGUCUGUGUGCACGUGCAGCAGGAGGCGUUUCUACAGACCCGUCGCUGUCAUGCUGUUCGCUGCAGUCGUCCUGCAGGCCUGUAGCCUAGUUCUGUUUCCCAUCAAGUUCAUCGAGACCGUCAGCUUACGAAUAUACCACGAGUUUAACUGGGGAUACGGCUUGGCUUGGGGCGCCACCAUCUUCUCAUUCGGAGGAGCCAUCCUGUACUGCCUGAACCCCAAGAACUACGAUGACUACUACUGAACACAGACCCUGCCGCACGCCCCCUGUUCUCCUCACCGACACACACCUUUCCCAUGCUCUUUUUCACAUCCCUCUUGAGCUCACGCACCGAACUUCUUAUUUGCUUCCUAAGAAACAAAAAACACACGCAAACUGGGUGCAGAGCUCCUCCAAUUCCCAGACCCGCCCGGUUUCAACGUCCGAUGCCAAAAACAACCUGCCCGAGUUCUUUGAUCGUCGUCGUCAUCAUUAUCAUCGUUAUUGUUUUAGUUUCUUAAUUAAUAUGUCGCUCUUUUCCACUUCUUCCUUAUCCUGCCAUCACAUUAUUAACUUCACUGAUCCAGCCCUGUUAUUUGAACGUUUCGGGGGGGUUGGGGAAGCAGUCAUGUGCUGAUCCCUGCAGAGCGCUCCAUCUGGAGAAUCGGACCUGCUGCAUGUGCGCGCACACACACACACACACACACACACACACACACACACACACUCACCGCACUUACACUCCAGGUCCUGUAAUGAGAAAGCACAACAUAUGCUAAUCUUUCGGUCACACUAGCAAGUUGGUUUGUUCUAUAUGAGAAAUGGUAAUAGCUAUAUGUAACUAUACGUAAUAAGCCAUGGCUAUAUAUAAAAGAAUAUUUAAUUUAUAUAGCAAUAUAUGUAUAAUAGAUUAUAUAUAUAUAUAUAUGAUAAACUAACGCAGUUUUAUUUUCUUAAGCUUUAGUUCAAUGAACCUUAUGCUAAACUGUGAAGGUUAUUAGGCUGUCAGAAUUAACGUAUUAACGCAAAUUCAUUUUAGUGUCACUAUAUAAAACAGACGAAAUUAAACCCUUUAACGCAACGAUGCCCUUUUUUUACUCGGCUAUAUAAAAAAAUAAUUCUUUAAUAAAAAAAUGUAUGCACACAUCCGGCAAUUAACAGCAUCUGUGUGGAAGAACAGCAAAGUUUCUUUUGGAAUCCUGAUGAUUUACGUAAUUUAAAACAACGUAAUUAAAAUAAAUCAUUUAUAUGAAUAUUUUUUUUCUUCAUGCUCUAUGUUCAGCAUGGUUUCGUGAAUAAUAAAUAAAGAUUUGCAUAAAACUUCCAUAUUUGUCCAUGCCCAUGUUGAUUAGAGUAUUAAAAACUUGAAAAGUAUUCAUUGAAGGUACAUUUAUAACAGAUGAAAAUGUCCGAUUAAUCAUGAUGAAAUAUUCUAAUCGAUUGACACCCCAAAUAUAUAUAUAUAAUAUACUGUCUGUAUAUAUUGCUAUAUAUAAUUGAUAGCUGUAUAUCAUAGGCCAUUGCUAUAUAUUAUAGGUCUUAGCUACAUAUAGCUAUUACUAUGUAAACAUGUUAAACAUUGAAGUAAUUAGUAUGAAAAAGUUCUUUUCAUUUUUUUUUACACAUACCUACAAUCUAUUCUAAAUCCUCCGUUCAAACUUUGCAUUUCUUCAUUGCUUCUCUAAAUAUAAGGUUGUGUAUAUAUAACAGGAUAUAACAUCGUAGAAUUUUGUGUCAAACUGUAAAAAGGGAAAUAAUUGAGGAAUCAUUUUUUGCUAGUGUGAAAAUAAGUUUACGGUUUGAGUUGUUCCUUGGUGCAGACGUCUGAGUGCAAAAGUUUUUACCCCAUUUUCUUAAACUGUCCUGUUCACGCAAUAUUUCCUCAAGGGCUGAGAUGGCAUUAUAUCUGAGUCGUUAAAUAUUUGACUUUGAUUUAUAUCAAAGUCAAAUGUUAGAAUUUUGGCUAACUAGCUAGUUUUAAAGAAGAAUCGUAUCGGAGACAUUGCGUUUUUUCUUUUUCGACUUGCCGCAUGAACUAGCCAGUUUUAAGUAGCUAGAUAAAGAUCAUUGUUUAAGGAUUUCCUUAAACCAACCACAGCUUUUUCAACAUUUGGUCCAGAGCGUGUAAAAAAAGGUUGAAAUGCCUAGAUUUUUAUGAGAGACACGCAUGCAUGUUCCUUUUGUUUAUAUGCAACAAAGUAGAUAAUUUCGCAUUAUGAAGAUUUACUUUGACCAAACAAAAAUAGAAAUGUAGAGAUGUUCCAGUUUAUUUUCAUUGAAAAAACCUUAGCUUUACUCCUCUUGGAAUCCAAACAGUUCUUUUCUCCAAACAUUAAUCUGAAAUACUGUGCCAUGCUUCUUGUAAAACUUGCCAAAGGUGUUCUUCACUAGUUGGAGAUUUCUUUUUGACCUUGUAAUCCAGUUCAUCUCAGAGCAGUUUAAUAAGAUUUAGGUGCGGUGACUGGGCAGCCAUUCCAUGAUAAAUAACACUCCAGCUGCUCUCUAAACAACACUUACAGAGCUUGGAUGCAAAGUUAAAAGACUAGAUGUUUCUGAAGUUUUUAGGAAAAGUGUAUAUUAACAUAUCAUCUAGCCAGUAGUGCUUCUUUUAAAGUUAGCUCACUAGUUUUGCUGUGAGCAAAUAUUUUGUAAUGUUUGCUAACUAGCUAUCUUUUAACCAAUGACAUUUUAUUUACUGUCAGCUAGCGAGUUUGUUGUGUUUUCAACUUUUGUUAGAUAGCUAGCUAAUUCUAUAUAAGCGUAUGUGUACAUAAAAGGGAUUUUCCUAAAGUUCUCUAGCUAGUCAUGCUGUUUGACAUGUGCUAAUGUUUAGUAACUAGCCUGGUAUCUAUGCAUAGGAUAUCCUGUAAGAAAUGGGGUUAAAGUUAGCUAGCUGGUUCUGCUGUGAGCUUUACCUCGAUGUUACCUCGAUGUAUGUUUUUAAACAUAGCUAGCGAUGCUUGCAGUGGGAUUUUCCCUAAGAAAUAUUAGUAACUGUAGUAGAUUUUCCAUUAACAUUUUCUGAUAUGAGCUAGCUAGCUUUUAACACAUGGGAUGUUGUCUGAUGUUAUUUGGCAAAUUCUUCCAAUGGGAUUUUUAUUUUUGUUAUCUAGCCUUCUUUUUUCCUUUUUUAUUAUAGCUAGCAAAUUUCUUUACAGGUAUUUCCUCAAACAAAGAGAGUUACUGUAACAGAAGCUAGCUGGUUUUGCUAUGAGACAAUUGUAAUGUUAGUUAAUUUAUACAUUUAUUUAUGAAUAAGACUUUCUUUUAGGUUAGCUAGCUAGGUAAUUGCUAACAUCAGCUAGCUUUGUAUGGUAGAAUCCACAAAUGUGUCAAUUCAUAUAAUUAUUUAUUAUUUUUUGUUGCUGCAUAUUAGCUAGCUGAUACUGUAGCUAAAUUUUCUUUCCUUCUAGCUUUUAAUUGCUCGGGAUUUAAUGUUACCUCACUAGCUUUGAAUGGGAAUAUCCUCUCAUAUCCUCAAUAUCCUUUUUUUUUAUACUGUUAGCUAUUUUUUUUUUUUUUUUUUUAGCAUUGUGACAUUUUAAGAACUGUAGCUAAAAGAUUGAUCCAUUUGCAAGAAUGUCAACUUGCUAAUACUGUGGGAUAUUUUAUGCACUAAUUAGCUUUAUUGCACUCAGACGUUUGGACUCGACGAGAUGAAUUAUACAAGGGCGUUUUAUCCAACAAGAGACCUGAGAGGUUGGAAUAUAAUUUUUAAUAAUGUAGUUUACCAUAUUUUCACCAAACUGUAGCUAAUGUCAGGGUAAUAGAAUAAGGUGUAUGGCUAGAGCAUGCUACAUGGAGUAACAUGGGUUAAUUAGCUUUCCUGGAAAUAACUGUGAGGUUUGUUAGUGCACAUGUAAGAAGUGAAUUCACUUUGUGUGUCUAUUAUGGCUAGCGGUGAGUUUUUUAAAAUUUAAAAGAUUUUCCUGUCAGUUUUAGCAAAAAAACGAAAUAACGCUAAAAUCGUAUUUUGUCAUUUUUAUUGCAUCUUUACAUCCCUUGUCCAUGGUUACAGCUUCUCUUUUCUUCCGAUUGUAAUUCCAAGUGCGUUAAAAAGGUGUUCUGAAAGCAAACAGGUUUCAGCUACAGCUUAUACAAUUCUCACCUUAUAAGAGCUGCUAAAUUUUUUACUUAAGGUUAAUGGUCUUGAAAUAAAAAAUUAAAAACUACAGAAAAUUAUUGCUAAUCAGAGGUUUAUCAGUUAUCUUGUAUUUCAAAAUUAGUGGAGUAAACAGAAGAAAUUAUUUUGCCUGGUAAAAAUAAAAAGGGCUCACUGGAUGGCAGCUGGGUACUGAGUACUAUUCAGUUUACACUACUUAGUACUCACUACUCGGUACUCGUGACGCUGUACUUAUUACUUAGUACUCAGUAUUUACUAUUCAUAAUCAAUAUUCGGUACUCAGUAUUCAGUACCCAUUAUUUACUACUUACUACUCAGUAUUUAUUACCCAUUAUUCAGUAUUUGUGCCACUACAAUUUGGAUUUUCUUGUGUACCUGAUAUUUUAGGAUUAACAUUUAAGUUUUAAAUUUUUAAUUGAAUCACUUUAAGUUUCAAGAAGAAAAGGGUCAAAAUAGUCAAUCCGUUUAAUUCCGAGGCAGCUGACUGGCUGAAACAGAGCUAGCUGUUUGCUUGGAUGCGUUGUGUUGUCAAACAUUUUAACCAUUAUUUAUUAUUUAUAAAUAAAUUCAUUUUGUUUUA